AGCCAGGAGACAGACAAAGAAGAGGACAACGUCGAUGUGAAUGAACUAGCUCUAGAGAUAGUGAAGAGUGCCAUCCGUGCUGCUGUUCAGAGUUUGGAAGAAGCUGAAAAGCCCACCAAAAGCAUCAAAUGGAUCACACACGGUGAAUUCACAGCAGAAAGGGGACGCCAACAGAUCGAGGAGUUCGUCCUGACGUGGGAGUAUCAGGACCGCUGGGUGCACUACACACAGUUUAUAGAGCGGGAAGACCGGAUUCACAGCUACCACUACAUCUACUGUGUACGCUGGAGCAUCCCAACCGCCAAGAGACCCAUGCCGCCAGUCACUGCCUCUGCCUUCUUCACCAUCAAGAUCACCAAAAACAAACCUCCAGAUAUGCCCAUUGAGAUCUCUUAUAUCUUUGAGGGCCUUUCGUUAAUUCACAGACCAGGAAUGACUCGCUUUCGAGAAAAAUGGCUGAGGGACAUUAUUGAGGCCAAAAAUAUUUUAAUGGAGUCAAUUCCCUUCUAAUUCAAUUGUGUCUACUUCUUACAGAAUGUUUUAGGAUUAGACUUCUAA